AUGUCCAAGAGAGUUAGAAAAGACUCUAAAGGUGGAAGUUUUAAAAGAUAUAAGGUUGUUAAGAGCACACUUGACCCCAAUACUUCAGGCGUCUAUAUAUCAUGCGCAAGAAAUAGAGAACGGUCUGCUGCGUCUGAGAUUCUUUCAAUCUUGGAAGAAAAAAUAGAAGAAUAUUAUGGUGAAGAGCUACACCAAAUGAGAGCUGAUGGAGAACCGGAAUCAGAAACCUUAAUCAAUGAUAAGGAGAACGACAAUGUUUCUGAGAAAUCAAAGACCGAACCAGAAAAAGAACUUUCCAUCGAGGAAGAACUACAGCUUGAAUUAGCCCAAUUGAAAAAUCACAAGACAACCAUUGUUGACAGUAAAAAGAACAAAGCAAUUUUAGAACAAAUAGAUCUUCAAACAGAAUGCUUGGUGUUCAUUAAAAUGAGAAAACCAAUAGUUCCUGAACAAUUGGUGCAUUCUUUGAUAAAAGACCUUGCAGAUCCAAACGUUAUGCAAAAAAGGACCAGAUUUGUACAAAAGUUAACACCAGUGACCGAUUCUUGUCACGCAAGCAUGGAAGAAUUGGCAAAACUUUGUGAGAGGGUUAUCCCACAACAUUUCCACAAAGAUAACCAAGAACCGCUAAAGUUUGCCGUUGAAAUAAAUAAAAGAAAUUUCAACACUAUGGACAAAAUGGAAAUGAUCAAAUUUAUCGCAGGAUUUGUUGGAAAACAGGGUACCUUAGACCAUAAGGUAGAUUUAAAGAACUACGAUAAACUAGUAUUGCUUCAAUGCUUCAAAAAUAAUAUUGGUAUGUGCGUUGUAGACAAAGAUUAUAGGACGGAGUUCAAGAAAUAUAACAUUCAGGAAAUAUUUGAACUUAAACAUAAAUCCAAGGCUUCAGAACCAACCGAGAAAGAGUAA